UGUCCACCUGCGUGCCCCUACAUAAACCCUCCACGUAAAUCUCUCUCUGCAAGCAACGCUUUGAUUAAAUUUUUAAAAUUACACAUAUAUACUAUUAUAUAUAGCAAACACAGCAGCAACAUCAGUAUACAGAAAAUCCAGAGUUUUCUAAUAUUCAAUUUUGCAGCUUUUCAACAUUUUCAUUCGAUAGGUGAAAACGCAACGGAUCAUGUCACGUUUAAUCCAAGCUCGAUUUUCUCUCUCCCGAUUCUCGAGUAUUGCAUCAUCCAGAAAUGUACGGUUUUUGUCAACGGAAUCCAAUAAAACAGAUGAGCCCUUUAAAGUUGAGGAAGCAGAAACAGUAAAUAUGCCUCCACCCCCAACAGAGAAGUUACUUGUGCUCGGGGGAAAUGGAUUUGUCGGGUCACAUAUUUGCAAAGAAGCCCUGGAUCGUGGUCUUACAGUUGCUAGUAUUAGCAGAACUGGAAGGUCGUCCAUACAAGAUUCUUGGGCUAACAGUGUGACUUGGCAUCAAGGAAACCUACUUUCAACUGAUUCAUGGAAGGACGCACUUAAGGGAGUAACUUCUGUUAUUUCUUGCGUUGGUGGGUUCGGCUCUAACUCUUACAUGUAUAAAAUCAAUGGGACAGCUAAUAUAAAUGCCAUCAGAGCUUCUUCAGAAGAAG